CAAUGAAGAAGCUCCAUCCAUAUUCUGGAUGGCUAUAGCACUGCUGUUGGUCUCGUGUCUGAUUCUGCUUGUUCAUGUCCAAUCAAGCUGAACUGACAAAGCGUGAAAAGCAUGUGAAAGAAGAAAAUUAAGAAGGCCUCUUUUUCCCUGCUGUGUCAAAACCUCAUUAUUCCUCAAGCCCCUCUGUCUGAAAGGGAGGUGUUCCUUGGUGGAGAUUACAAUCUCCUCCCUCUUCAGUGAGCCUCCAGCGUGUGAGAGAGUUUUGUGCACCGCCUCCCUCCAUUCGCUCACUGGCCCUUUCAUUCCCUCUCUCCCUCAUUCCCUGUCUCCCUCAUUCCCUCUCUCCCUCCUCUCCAGCACUGGUUGCACCAGAUCCGACUUAAAGAGCUACUCUUCUCUCUUGUUUAUUGACUGAGAUUUACCCCAAAUAACCCUGCAAAGGCCAAGAAAUGACUCCCUAAGGAAGGUAUCCCAAAGUUUAAAGAUUGUCUCAUCUCAGCUCUAAGACCAGUGUGGGGAGCCGGACACAGAAUCAGGAUCUAUAGAUCCUCACAGGUGCUGGGAAUAUAGUGGUACCAGCAACAGCACUACCAGCAACAAUGACCAAGAGCAACGGGGAAAACCCGCAGGCCCGAAGCCGAGUCAGACAGAUCCGCGAUGGCCUCCAGUCCCGUUCCCUGAAGGCUGUGCAGAGGGUGGAGAGUGUCACUAAGGAUGAUGUCAAGGGUUUCUUCCGCAGAAACGCCUUUGUGAUCUUCACUGUCGCUGCGGUCAUCAUUGGUAUAGGGCUGGGAUUUGCCCUGCGGCCGUACAAGAUGACAUACCGCGAGGUGAAGUAUUUCUCAUUUCCUGGAGAGCUGCUGAUGAGGAUGCUGCAGAUGCUGGUGCUUCCCUUGCUGGUCUCCAGUCUCAUCACAGGCAUUGCAUCAUUGGACAGCCGUGCCUCUGGGAAGAUGGGUAUGCGGGCAGUGGUGUACUACAUGACCACCACGGUCAUCGCAGUCUUCAUCGGCAUCGUCAUGGUGCUCAUCAUCCACCCUGGGAAGGGCUCCAAGGAUGAAUUCAAAAAUCAGCAGAAGAUCGAGCAGGUCAGCCCUGCUGACGCUUUCCUGGACCUCAUCAGAAACAUGUUCCCUCCAAACAUUGUGCAAGCUUGCACACAGCAGUUUAAAACGCAGUACGGAAAGAGAGUGGUCCAUGUGAAGAUGACGGUGAACGAUACCGUCUUCUUCUUGAACGGGACCCAGGGGCAGCAUAUCAUGCGGGAGGAGGUGAUCCCCAUCCCGGGGCAGGUGAACGGGGUCAAUGCCCUGGGUCUGGUCGUGUUCUCCAUAUGCUUCGGUCUCAUCAUUGGCAGCAUGAAGGAGCAGGGAAAGCCCCUCAAGGACUUCUUUGUCUGUCUCAACGAGGCUAUCAUGAGACUGGUGGCCAUUAUCAUGUGGUAUGCACCAGUUGGUAUCCUGUUUCUCAUAGCUGGGAAGAUAGUGGAGAUGGAUGACAUCACAGAAACGGGUGGCCAGUUGGGCAUGUACACUAUAACAGUCAUCAUUGGCCUGUCUAUCCAUGCCUUCCUGGUAUUGCCCACACUCUACUUUGUGAUCACACGGAAGAAUCCCUUUGUCUUCAUCUGUGGAAUCCUACAGGCUCUCAUCACCGCGUUGGGGACCUCAUCUAGCUCAGCCACGUUGCCUAUCACAUUUAAGUGUCUGGAGGAGAACAAUGGGAUAGAUAAGAGAGUGACACGCUUCGUGCUGCCAGUGGGCGCCACCAUCAACAUGGACGGCACUGCCUUGUACGAAGCUAUCGCAGCUCUCUUCAUAGCCCAGGUCAACAACAUGGACAUGAACUUUGGACAGAUCCUCACUAUAAGCAUCACGGCCACAGCAGCAAGUAUCGGUGCAGCUGGGAUACCACAGGCUGGACUGGUCACCAUGGUGAUUGUGCUGACCUCUGUUGGACUGCCCACUGAUGACAUCACCCUCAUCAUUGCAGUGGAUUGGUUCUUAGACAGGUUGCGUACCACCACUAACGUGCUGGGAGACUCGAUUGGCACAGGUAUUGUUGAGUAUCUGUCUCGUCAUGAGUUACAAUCCAAGGAUGCGGAGAUGGGGAACUCUGUGGUGGAGGAGAAAGACAAGAAAUCCUACCAGCUCAUCGCCCACGAGAACGAGUAUGAAAACGAGAAGCCUCCAGACAGUGAGACCAAGAUGUAGCACCGCAGUUUGACCACUGUGGUGUUUUUAAUCCCAUGGUAAAGGGAAGCAACAGAUAUCAAUCCAUAUCAAUCCUCAAAACACUAAAAACAAAAUGAUAUUGUUUGUUUCGACCAAGAAGCUGAACCAAGAGUAUGUACAGGAUGUAUUUUAUUUGAUCAAGAGUUCUGCAGCCGUUCGUGCUAAUUAGAUUUCAUUGAAUAAUUUCUGCAGCCGUUCGUGCUGAUUAGAUUUCAUUGAAUAACUUCUUGAUAUUGAUGUAAUCAAGAAGAUACAGUGGGGUCUGAAAUCAUUAACAGCGUUGAUAAAAAUUAGCAAAAAUGACCGUAUCAAAUAAAUAAUUAAAAUAAUGAGUUAUAUUGUAUGGACAAAAAAGGGAAGUUCUAUUAUUUUAUACUUAUAGAAUUAUAGAUACUUAUAGAUUUUGUUUAACAAGUCAUGUAUUCUUUUUUCAAAAAGGUAAGGGUCAAAAUAAUGGACACCACUGUUUUCAAUACCUUGUGAGGAUAACGACACUGAGCCUUUUGAUAAAAUAUUUUAUGAGUUGGAGAACACAUUGGGAGGGAUCUUGAAGACCAUUCCUCCAUACAGAAUCCAUACAGAUCCGUGAUAUCCUUCAUCUGCGCUUAUGGAUUGACAUGAAAAUACCUGUGGUUUGAAUCAAAGAGUGCAGUCCAUAAGUGCAGACAACGGAUAUCAAGGACCUGGAACGAUUCUGUAUGGAGGAAUGGUCGAAAAUCCCAAUGUGUUCUCCAAUCUUAUAACACAUUUUAGAAAAAGGCUGUGCCAUUAUUUUCGCAAGGGGAGGUAAACAUUUGUUUUAUUACUCGUUAAACAAUAUCUAUUUCUCUGAGCAAUUGUAUUAGUAAAAAAUAAUAUAAUUUAAAAAAAGAAAUGGAGCAUACAGCAUAGCUCAGUAUUUUAAUUAUUUUUAACAGUAUUUUUUGCUCAUCUUUAACAGUGGUGGAAAAAGUACUCAAAUUGUCAUACUUGAGUAAAAGUAAAGAUACCUUCGUAGAAAAUGACUCAAGUAAAAGUGAAAGUCACCCAGUAAAAUACUACUUGAGUAAAAGUCUACAAGUAUUUGGUUUAAAAUUUACUUAAGUAUCGAAAGUAGAAGGAAUUGCUAAAAUAUAGUUAAGUAUCAAAAGUAAAAGUACAGCUCGAAUCCCCGAGCUGACAAGGUAAAAAUCUGUCGUUCUGUCCCUGAACAAGUCAGUUUAACCCCACUGUUCCUAGGCCGUCAUUGAAAAUAAGAAUUUGUUCUUAACUGACUUGCCUAGUUAAAUAAAGGUCAAAUAAAUAAAAAAGAAACCAUUUCACAUUCCUUACAUUAAGAAAUCCAAACGGCACAAUUUUCUUGUUUUUUUUUUUAUUGACGGAUAGCCAGGGGCACACUCAGACGUAAUUUACAAACGAAGCGCUUGUGUUUAGUGAAUCCGCCAGAUCAGAAUAUAAAUAGUAAAGUACAGAUUCCCCCCCAAAAACGACUUAAGUAGUACUUUAAAGUAUUUUUACUUAAGUACUUUACACCACUGAUCUUUAUGGUUGUAAACAAUUUCGGACCCUUCUGUAAAUCAAUGGUUUUAAGUGCCUAGUAUGAAUUACAUACAUAAAAUGUUGAACUUCUGAAUUAGAUACCCAGCAAACAAUAAUGAGUCAUUAGGACAUCCCCAGGAUGUCACAAAAUGGUCGCCUAAAGUUGUCAGGACGUUGUGUCAUGGUCCCUCCUGGAGGUUUUUGUCUGGUUUCCAGUUCGUCCCCUAAAGGUCGCAAAGAAAUGUUCUCCCCUGUAGUUUCAUUACACAUCACCCCCUGAUCAGCAUAUCCUAAAUCCAGAGGUUGUGAGUUAAAAAUUUUUUUAAAGUCAGUACGAAGGGAUCAUGUCAAAUGUAAUCAUUGAUUAUAGAUUUUUACACUAUUUUAAAUGAACAGCCUACCACUUACCUGAAAACCGCCAUACCAUUAUAUUACUUAUAAUGGUUCAGGACACAUGGGACCAUCACGUGACAAAAACUUCCAGGGGACCAUGACACAACAUCCCAAGAAUGUUCAGGGGAUCUUCAGGCAACCAUGACACAACGUCCUAAAAACGUCCUCGGGACAAACUAGGAACUAUAAAAAGGUCCCCAGAGAAUGUUCCCUUGGGACCAUCCCAAACCCUUAAGAGACCUAACUGGGAACGUCGCUGAUUGUCCUCAGGACGUCUCCUGUUUUCUGGGUAGGGAAUAACGAAGAGUCCCUGCCACUCUUCCAUAAGAUGCCUUUACCAUACCCCUUGAUGGUAUUUAAAGUUCAACAGUUUGACAAAGAUUAUUUAUUUUUGAUAAAUCAGAUGUGAAAUUAUGUGGUCUUUGCAUCUUGCUUUUGUCUCUUAUGCCAUUUUUUUUUUACGGCUGACAAACCAGAAUAGGUUGCCAAACCCUUUGCAUCAGAGCUUUUUAGAUUGAGGUUUUUGUUUGUAAAACUGCCAAACUAUUAGUUUCAACUAGAGGUGGGAGUUGAACAGUUUGACAAUUUCACAUAAUCAUAAUCGUACCAAAAAUAUAAACAAUUUCUGUAUGUUACAAUUUUGGUCAUGCCUUUUUGUGUAAAGACAUUACAGGGAUGCCUAUUAUGGUUGAACAAGUGUCAUGAUUUGAUAGUGAAACCCUUGAUGUCAAAGGGCUCUAUUUUAACAAACGUAAUGCAAUGAGCGCAAUAGCUGGCGGUGGCAUGAAAGGGCUGGGUGUUGAUGAAUAAUCAAGUUGUGGGUGUGUCGAGACUUGGCUCCUCACUGGCCAAUCAGAAUAUGCUCCAUGGUUGCGUCAAGUCGUGCAUUUACGGUCUUUUAUGUAUUGUGUUGUCAUCAACUCCAAUUCGAAUGUUAGUCCAUUAUAGCCUGGUUCCUGAAAUAGCCUGCCCCCAUGUUAGCUAAAUAUGUUGAACAUGUUUGCAGUCCACAUGAAUCUAGUUGCAUUUCUUCAAUAUGGAAAUACAUUGUUAAACAGGCGUUCUCACUAAUAUAGGGGCUAGGUGUACUGUUUAUUUCAUGCUGGACAUGGACAUGCAAAACGUAGUCAAUAAGUAAUAUUACAUUCCCCAGGCUAUUGAUAUAGCCAAAGAAGACAGCAUAUCAUUCUAAUCAAAUUCUAAUAAAAAUGAAACCACAACUUGUUUUAAAUAGGCUAUGUUUAAAUACAGUUACAGGCACCUUAAAUGCUGCGUUGGGCGUAUAAUACAGACAAGCAAUUUAGACUAUGGAGAGGUUUUACGCGCAUCCAAACCGGAUACAGAUCCAUUAUGAAGAGAAAAGGGUCAUGUCCGCUCACUGUUAUACUGCUCGCAAAUGUAAUGUUUUAUAAACAUUAUGGAACCAUCUCACAGAUCAUAUUUGCACUUCUCCAGAAAUAGCAGAUUAAAUUGCAUUGCAUUUGAACCUUAAACCAGCCUCACCAUAAACCCAUGGAAGGCGAAUCUUAAUAAUACGCGUAUCAAGUUAAUCAAAUUAAACUUUAAACAACACGUUUUUCAAACAACAAUAUUUUCUAUAUAGGAUCGGGUCAGAAGCAUGAUAUCAUAAAUCGCUUCUUUCUUUCCAUGGUACUAUGUGCACACGCAGGCCUAAAUGUCUUCACGCAUAACAUUUGCACAUCUACAGUAAACGAAAUACUAGGUUCCUGUCAAUUGUAUCGUUCCCUAUGUGCGAGGUAGAUUCUCCAAAAAAUCGGCCAUUAACAUAGCAUUAUAGGAGGACUGAAUAAUUUGGAGGAGCGUGUCUUCGGUAAUAGGAGAAGGGGCGCUCUUUGAAAACGGGGAUGGAUAGCCUACUUGAACAAGCGAAAUUCAGGUAGUCCAUUUCAAGCACCUUUAAUCAUAGGCUACUUGGAUAAUGGCCAGGAUAAAAAGCAGCACCAAUGUGAUCCUGCUAAACCAGCCUUGAUUAAAGGGAGGAUAGGUUGUGCUUGGUUUUCUAGCAAAGUAAACGCAAUAGGGGGGAUACCAAUCGUUUUUUAUGCUUAUAAAUAUGACAUUCACCAGCACAAAAGGCACCUCUCCUUCUAUGGGCACUGUGCGUCAUGUCAGGAUAGGCUGCGCUUCCUCUCUAAAAAUCCAUUUCAUUAUCAACUCUGUUACAUGUUAAGACCUGCUUUUUGUGGGUCUUAAAACGUCGUUUUAAGGACACACAUCGGAUAUUGGCACCCCUCCCACCUCAGCGCCAUCGAGCUGAUGUUAAACAGCUAAAUUGCCAAACCUGGCAUUAGUGCGCCAGUUUUUACAUGAUGAAAUUGCAAACUAACGUGCCUUUGACACUUGCGCCUCCUUAGAGCCAGCUGUAAAUAGAGCACUAAAGGUAAUUGGUACUUUCUGCUUUUAAACUUUUCAGUCUAUUAUUCUCAUCGAGAUUCUAUUAAAUUGUAGUUCCCAGUUCUAUGGUUAUACUGUCGUAAUGAUUGGGCAGAAGAAAAUCUAGAAUCUAGAAUUGAUUGUGGUUGUUAUGUGACAUACCCAAAAGGUGCGACAAAUACAACUUGAAUUAACAUGAAAAUUGAAUUAACUAAUAGAAAAUGUAAUUACGCUCUAAAACUCAUAUAGUGAGAAUUUUACAUUUCUUCUCAAUAUUUUUGCUAGAAAUUGUUUUGUAUAGAAAAAAAGGUUUUGAUAUAUGUAUAUAUAGAGUUUGAAGAGUAUACGAUUACUUUAGGAGGAUGAUGGCUGUGAAGUUUCUGUAAAGACAUUCCUUUGAGAACUAGAAGAGCCCCUUUUAAACUCCCUAGCUAUUAAGAACCUCCCUAGCUAUUAAGAACCUCCCUAGCUAUUAAGCAACUACCUGUGUUCAUCCCAAAUGGCACCCCAGUCCCUAUAUACGUAGUACCCUAUUUAUAUUAAACUAUUUUUGGCCAGAGCCCAAUGGGACCAGGUCAAAAGUAGUGCACUACAUAGGGAAUAGUGUGUCAUUUAGGAAGCAUUCCCAAAUCACAUGUCUACACCGGCUAAUAAGUGGAAGCUAUGUGAAACAAACUUUGGAAAAGAUUUAACGAGUUCCAUUUGUUUACAAUUGAUUUUGGUGUCAUGUUUGAUAUGUUUGUUUGUUAGCUCUUCAAAUAAUUAACGACAAACAUAAAAAUCCACCAAGAAACUGAAAACAAAUGUAGAUUUUUAUUUGUAUAGUUUUUAAUAAAACAUGAACCUUAAAA